AUACAACUAUGUUAUAUUUGUUUACAUCUUUCUUUGUUUAUCUCUCUAACCUCAAAAAAAUACUUAUUUUGGAAAAAGUAAAUAAUAAACGAAAAUGGAUAUUGAGGAUGAAAUGUUCGAAGAGCACUUGGAUGAAGAAUAUCAAAACAGUGAAAUCGAAGAACAAUUUACAGCAUUAGAGACACAAAUUGUUGAAUUGGAAAAGAAACAAUCAACCGCUCACAAUGACCAUGAACUGCAGGACAAAUUAGAAAAAGCUAUUGCAUUGCUAAGAUUACAUGUACAAAGUUAUCAGCGCAUCAUUAUAUUUAACAGACGUCGAGCCAAACAACGUUUGAGAAGAAGACAGUGUACAUUAAGAAAUUUCUUUUUACAGUCCCUAAUGGAAACGCAAAUAAGAUUUGUGGAAAUGUUACCAUUGGCUUUAGAACCUCAACUAUUUUUAGAAAACAAACCCAGUGAAGAUGUAGAAAUGGAUAAAACUUCGACCCCAUCAAAUCCAACUGAGGAGAGCGACUAUGAGGAUGUGGCAGAACCUCUGUGUUUUUACAAAGACGCAGUUACAAAAUUUACUGAAUACCAGUGGCUUGAUACAUUUCAUAUGCCUAAACAUAUUUUUGAGCUGAUAUGUUCAAGACUAAAGACUUCGCUCGAAAGUAUAGACAUGCAUUUCGAGACCUGGAUUUCAAUGUGCAUUUAUAUGAUGGCUACUGGUAGUAAGUUUAGUUAUGUUGCAAUGCUUUUUAAUGUGGAAAAACGAUUUGCGAGACGAUCUUUAUUUAAAUUUAUAGUAGCCCUACUUAAGGAAUUCUCGGGAAAGCAUCUUUCUAUGCCAAAAAGUACAAGCGAGUUUGAAAAAAUAUCGAAUGGUUUCCAAAAAGCCUCGAAUAUGACGCCAUGUGUUGCUGGAGUUUUAUGUCUUUUCGAGUUGCCUAGUAAUUGUGAUUGCGGACGCAACAAGGCAUGUCGAGGAAAAAACCUUAAAGUACAAGUGUGUAUUGAUAACCAGUUAUUGUUUCGUAAAGUAGAAAUGACCACGCAAAAACCUACAAUGUUCCUCAAAUCACCAAAUGAAGUCAGCCUAAAUUGGAAAAAAUUUUCAGAAUCUUGUGUAUUACCUUACUUUAUAGUCGCCCCACCAGGUUAUCCUUUGCGCACUUGGCUUAUGCAAAAAUACGAUAAACCUAGUGAAACUUGGGAAUAUGACUUCAAUAAAUGUUUCGGCAGUUUAAACAUCUUUCGUGAAGUUUCUUUGAAGAGAUUGUUUGGCCGUUGGCACAUACUUAACUCUACUGAAUGCAUUUUGCCGGAGUCGAAGAGUUUUAUUAUAAAAGCAUGCUGUCUUUUGCAUAAUCUUUUAGAGGAAAGACGAGAAUACUUUUCAGUUGAAUGGUGUACAAAUUUUAAUCCAUGUAAAUAUGAAUACAAACUGAGUGCAGCGGUAACACAAUUUUAUAACGACUCAAAACCGGCUAUGGAAAACCGAAAUAGUAUUGCAAAAUUAAUACGUUUAACAAAAAUACAUAAUAUAGAAGACGAAUUUGAGACGAAUUAAAUAAUAAAAGGUUUCUUAUUCAAAAUAAAA